AUGCUGUCGUUUCGGCCUGUGGGCACCUUGCCGGCGGGAAGCAGUGGCUUCCAGUCUCCUUUGCCUCUUGCGCACCCGACGGAGGCUUCGGUAGUGCUUGUUGGAGGGAGUCGUGCCAGCGAGCACGACAGCUUCAACGGAGCAUGCAGCGCGAAGAUCGUAACUCCGACACCGGGCGGCGAGAUGUCCGGGAGCAAUAAUCAAGCGAAUCAGUCCUGGGGCGGGGCAGCGGGCGCCGCAGCAGAUGGGGGACGCUUGCUGGCCACCAUGGUCGUCGGGGAGGGCGGAAAGGCGCUGCUCGCCCAGUUCUACCAAAAGCACGGCUGCAUCGCCAUCUCUGACGUCACCAGAGGUCUACACCGAGGGUUCGUCCGUCUUCGCAUUUCGCAGCCUCGCGGUAGCAACAGAGCCGCAGGCGGCGGGGUCCAGUGCAUGGCCGGUUCAUUGACCGCUAACAGCGGGCUCGUUUUCCUCGGGAGAGCAGGUCUUUCGGCGCUACAGGCGGUCAGAGUCGACCCCUGGGACGGCCUUGGCUCCCUCAGCCAACCCCUACCUGACUCGGGACCGGUGCUAGCCGUGGCCUGUCACCCCUCGAGGACCAUCGUUGCUGCCUGCUUAUCCGACGGUACCAUAUGUCUGUGGGACUACGACAGCGCGGAUGGGCGAGGGAGCGGCCGUUUCUCUGGCGGGGGAGGAGGGGGGGGGGGGGGGUAUUAUAGAAGGGGCGAAAAUUUUUUGGGGGGGGGGGGGACCCGAGCCCGCCUGGGGCCCCCCCCCGCCCCUUCCCCCGGCCGGGGGGGGGGGGGGGCCACAAAAGGGGGGGGGGGGGGGGGGAGGCGGGGGGGGCGAUAG